CUUAGACCAAUGAUGCGGCUUUCUGAGGGAUUUAAAUGUUGUGGCGUCCUUUCAAAAAUUUCUAUUGAUACAACGACGCUUAGUCAUCGGUUACUGUGCUUUCGAGUGUCCUUCACUUUACGUGGUGCAGAGUGUGAGUAAAACUUGUUUUGUGGGGUGAGGCUAACGAGUUAGUUAUCCCCCCACUGUAUUCUAAGUCUUAGUUGACAUUAGCUAUUAAUCGAUCCCCUUUAAGGGCUGCGUUACCGUGCAAUAUUUAUCAGCCCAGGGAAAGCAUUUCAGAUGGCGCAUUUCGGGCUAGAAAACGACAUCGGCAACACGCUGAAAGUGGAUGUCCCCGUCACCAAUGGCCCGAUUGCCCGCUGGCAGAGGAAAGCCAGCUUGUCCAACGCAUUGUCGAGCGGUUUGUCCCCAGUGAAGUAUGCCAACACCUCCGUGAACACCACAAAGACGCCUGGUCGGACGCCAGGCAGACGUAAAGCCACUCCAUCAAAGAUGAUGGGAGAGGACCGCUUCAUUCCCGUCCGUAAUGAAAAACAAAUGGAAGUGGCAAGUUUCCUGCUCUCGAAGGAGUUUCGACCCAAGGAAGAUGGCGUUUCAACAGCUUCAGUGGAACAACAAAAGAUGUGGUCCAUGGUGCUGAAUGGAUGCAAUAUGGAAGAGGCCCGCAUCCUGCAAUUCAGCGGAAAGCCAACAGUCAACCCGGACGGCCAGCACAACUCCUUGAAGUCCGUCUACAGUCACACGGUAACGCCCAUGUCCAACAAAAAGACGCGGUACAUAUCUUCAACCGCCGAGAAAAUCUUAGACGCGCCCGACGUUCGGGAUGAUUUUUAUCUGAAUCUCCUGGACUGGAACAGCAGCAACAUUAUGGCGGUGGCUCUCAGUGACAGUGUCUACCUGUGGGAUGCCACUCAGGGGAAUAUCACUCACCUCUUGACCUUGGACAAUGAGGCCGACUACAUCACCUCCCUGUCGUGGGCCAAGGAGGGCAGCUACCUGGCAGUUGGCACCAGCGACUGUGCAGUCCAAGUGUGGGACGUGUCUCAAGAGAAAUGUCUUCGAAGCAUGAACAGCCACUCUGCACGAGUGUGCAGCCUGAGUUGGAACAGCCACAUCUUGUCCAGCGGCAGCCACUCCGGUCAGAUUCACCACCACGACGUGAGGGUGGCGGAGCACCACAUCUUCACACUGCGGGGCCACUCCCAGGAGGUGUGCGGCCUGCAGUGGUCGCCAGACGGCCGCUACCUUGCCAGCGGCGGCAACGACAACCUGGUGUGCAUCUGGCCCCACGUGGCCCAGGGCCGCACCAACGUAACCCAGCCGCUGCGCACGCUCAGUCUCCACAAGGGGGCGGUCAAGGCUUUAGCUUGGUGUCCAUGGCAAUCCAGCAUCCUGGCCUCAGGUGGCGGCACCUCAGACUGUCACAUCCGUGUGUGGAACGUUAACAGCGGCUCUUGCCUCAGCUCACUCGACACUCAAUCCCAGGUGUCUGCACUUGUGUUUGCUCCCAACUACAAGGAGCUAGUCUCUGCACACGGUUUCACCCGCCAUAAUUUGGUCAUCUGGAAGUACCCGUCCAUGGCGAAAGUCACAGAGCUCAACGGGCACAGCGAGCGAGUCCUCAACAUGGCCAUUAGUCCAGAUGGCUCCAUGGUGGCCAGCUUGGGGGCGGACGAGACCAUUCGCCUGUGGAAGAGCUUUGAGGUGGACCCCAAGCAAAAAGCCAAAGACAAGACACCUCUUUCACUGCAUUCCGCCUUCACUCGAGCCAUCAGAUAAUUUGAUUAGACUUCUGCAAGGCACUCCUGUUAUAAUCUAUUUCUAGUUUGUGCAUUGUAAGUCCAUUGCCUACAUUGUACACAGCAUAUGUUUCAAUCGUUUUCUCAAUCUUUGAGACUGUUUUGCAUAAUUGUUAUACACUGCAAUGUUUUAAUAAAUGAGUUUUGCUUCCAUAAA